UUCUUUCGUUCUACAGUUCAUAGCACAAUUUUUUGUGUGCAAAAGGAAUAUAUAAUUGAUGAAUAGAUUCAAUAGACGGAGUAAGUAGUCCUUGAUAUAAGCAUGCAUUAAGUGUAGGGCGAAUAAUGUUUAGGCACACUCAGACGUGACGAUGUUGUGUACGAAAGAAGGAGGCAUUUUUGGCGUCCUCAAGAGACAUUUUUCGAAAAUACUUGUAAUAGUUGCAUUUCUACAUUUGCUGUUAAUCGCCAGGCUAAACUGUGUUCUCAAUAAGCCCAACCACAGAUUGGAUUUUCAAGAAUUAGGCCUAUAUUCUCAAUCAGCUGACUACAGUGUCACUUCAAUCGCUGCCGUUUGUUUGUGCUCCAUCGUGGUAGCUUGUCUUUUCCAGAAACUAGGCCAGUUAAUAACAGUUGCCAUCGGUGUUUUUCUUUUCUGUUUUGCUCUGGUGAUACCUUCAUCGUUUACGCAACCAAUUAUCAUAUUAUACUUUACGUAUGGUAUCUUCCACGGAUUCUUAUUUAACGCUUCGGGGUUAACUGUCUCCGAUGUUGUUCUGAGGCGUACUAGAAAAGAUACACCUGCAUUAAUAUGCUUUGUUUUGUUUGUUGUAACACUAGGUUUUGCCGUAUCUCCAUUUUUUCCAUUUGUAAACUAUUCCCAGUAUAAAGAUAUCAUAGUUUGCGUAGUUCCUACUAUGUUUUCGGUCGUCGGGUAUUUUUCUACUCUCAUGAUUGUAGAGAUGAUUAAUAACCUUGAAAGUCCGGAUGAAAAAGUUCCUGAUGAUGACGUCAAUAACGCGUACUCACCACAACCUUCAACUGAGGAGAGGAUAAGCGCUGACGUGACGUCGACGGAGAAUCGAGUCCAACCAAUCAAAUCGAGCUUAGUAAUGUUUAUCCAAACGAUCAGAAGAAGCGAUAUUCAGAUGCCCUUAUACCGUACAAUACUUAUUGCAACAAGCAUAACAGUAAUUUUUAUCACUACAGGCAACUUUUUAUGGGACAGAACGAUGGAUAUCUUCUCACUGCCUAUGAUAAUAGUAUGGAUAGGUGUAGGGGACAUUGUUGGUAGAACCAUCGCUGUAGUAUCUACAGACAGGUUAUGGAUAUGGAACGAUAGAGUAUCUGAAAGGAAACCAAUAUUAUUCAUCGUACCACAUUGUAUUAUAGCAGCUGUACCAUAUAUAUGCACGAUAUUUAUAUCAUCACCUAUUGUUCGAAAAGUUGCUUUGGUCGGGAUUAUCGUACCUCGUAUUUUUCUGGUUUUGCUGUUACCCCCUGUUGUAAUGGAAGCAAUAAAUUGUAAUGAGAUGCGAGCUGAACGAGUUGCAUUAGUGUACAUAAUAUUUGGUUUCGGAUCAUUUUGGAUUACUCCAAUCAGAGAAACUCUAUAUGACGUCACUGGAUCGCACACAGCAACCUGGUACAUCUUGGUCCUAUCUACUAUGGCUUCAGUUGAGGCUGUAUUACUAGCAGCCGCAGUAUGGGCAAGAAACGUGAAGAGUAAAUCUGAAAAACCUUAUGACGAAUUAAGUGAAUGUUAGCAAGAUUAGAGUGCAAUUUUUAUGUUGAAUUUUGUUUAUAUUAAAUUUGAUAUGUAUGUUGAAACAUACCAUUUAGGCCUAGGCAGUAUCAUAAUUUUAUUAAUAUACUUUGUUAACACAGUGCUUUAACGAAACAAUACAUCAAAAGUAUCAUUUAAAUAUAACAAAAAAAAUACUAAUAUAAUGUGAUCUACAGAUGAAUCUCCCUGUCGGGGAUAAUAGCGUUUCCAUUGCUGGCUCCACCACCCGGUGUAUCUGGUACUGGUAUAGGGUAUUUAUAUUGCGCCUUUCCCUUGUGGUUAUGAAGGGCAAGCCAAGCCUCAAUAAUUCAGGAAAACAAUGGUAGGCCUAUGAUGGAGCAAGGAUCGGUUUUAAUAAUUUUAGUUGGAGACACUGCGUUAAAUCCGGGCCCAACGGACCCUUGUGAAUAAUUUUCUAAAUUUGUACCCGCAAAUCAACGUGGAAUACUCUGCGAUGAAUGAUGUGAAAUAUGGUUUCACACAAAAUGUAUUGGUAUGGACAAAAACGUUUAUGGACAGCUGUCAGUCUCAGACACGGAAUUGUUUUGUACACGGUGCUCAUUACCUCAGUUUUCUGACUCCUCUUUUGAAGAUGUUUCGGGAGCAUUGGUGAAGUCAUUGAAUGAUCAAAGGAAUGAACUUCCAAAUUUGGAUACAGAAACUGACUUCAAAUGUCUUCAAAACAAAGGUAUGCAUAUGCUUCACAUGAAUGCUCACUCAAUAACAGCUACAUCCAAAUUAUCUGAACUUCGACUAAUUGCAGAUAAAUGUUCUCCAAUUAUUAUCGCUGUCACUGAAACGUGGCUGGAUGUUACUACUUGUGACAAGAAAGUUGAAAUACCAGGCUAUAUUAUUCAUCGCAUGGAUCGUAACAGGCAAGAUGGUGGAUCAUGCAUUUAUGUAAUUCAAAACUCACCUGGACCCCUCGGACAGAUUUGGAGUCAUGAUAGCCCAAAAUCUGGUUAAAUUACUUCCAUCAGCUAAACUGAUUUUUCACUUCUGCUCCAAAAGAUUUAAAAACUGUUACAGUCAUAUAAGUGUACUUUUACUCUUCAGGAUAUAAAUGAGAACGUUAUCAUCAGUGAACUGAAGCAUAUUAAUCCUCGCAAGAGCACUGGUCUGGGCUAUAUCCCACCCAAAUUUGUAAGAGAUAAUAAUAAUAAUAAUAAUAAUAAUAAUAAUAAUAAUAAUAAUAAUAAUAAUAAUAAUAAUAAUAAUAAUAGACGGAUUUAUAUAGCGCAAAUAAACGAGGUCUCUGCGCUAGACAAUAUAGAAGUCAAGAACACAAAGAAAAAAGCCGGAAAAAAAUAACAAACAAACAAACAAUAAACACCAAUAAACACCAAGCUAGCACCCAAACCCAAAGUAUGGGGUUACACCAUCACCGCCAACCGGAGAUCUGUGUUUAUGUACUCCGGGUUAGCAUCAGUUAAGUCUUGAUCUUUUCUAGGAUCAGGUGCCUCCUAACCUGGAACAAACAACACUAGCUAGCAAGGUGAAACAGAGAAAUUGAAAAACAAAAGAAGAAAAAAGUAGCUAUAAAGAGGCAAAUAAACAGGUUUUAAGGUUUUGGUUUUUAGACGCUGCUGAUUCAGCAGCCCCAUAACGCACACAAUUAAUACUUCUAUAAAAUUUGAGCAAGUUUCUGAUAUGCUCAAACAAAAGCAAAAUUCAAACCUUUAUAAAAUAAAAAAGAAAAAAAAAAUUCUCACCAAUUAACCACCAUCCAAUCGGUGUUCUUCCGACAGUUUUAGAAAUUGUUGAGAAAUCUUAUGUUAAUUCAGCCUAAUGAAUAUUUAGAAAGCAACGGUUUAUUGUAUACAUUCCAGUCAGGGUACAGAGGGGUUUUGUCAACUGACACUUGUCUUAUUUAUACUCGGGACUACAUUCGAAAGAUUGUAAAUGAUUUGUUGCAAAAAAUUGUAGUAUCUUUUGCAAUGGUCAAUAAAUUAUAUGUAGUGACUCCGUCACUUAACAUGGUUUGGAACUUCACAAAUUUUUAAAUGAAGAAGCUAUGUCUAUUCUCAGAAAGGUUAAUUCCAAACUGAAAUUCUUAUACCGUCAGGGUGCAUGUCGGGACAGUUGUUUGCUUUGCCCUGUUAUUUAGUUUAUUCGAUUACAAUAUUUCAUCUUGGUAUUGAGGCCUCUAUAAACAACACCAAUAAACUAAAAGUGACACAAAACAAAACUCUUAGAUUUAUCUUUGCCAGAGGGCCCAAGGUACACAGGACUUCAAAUCCGUCGGGUACCUUCCUAUUAAUGUAAGAGCCAUUCACUUUCCUGCAAUCAUGCAAUCCGAAUCUUUAAUAAUACCUGUCCAACUGAUUUAACUGAGGAUUUUACUAACAUGCAAAAUGUCCAUAAAUACUUUACUCGAGGAACUAGGCAUGAAUUUGUCGUACCUAAAUUUAAACCCCAUUUACAAUUUAGCUUGUUCAACAAUUGCAUCUCCAAUGGGAACGCUCUAUCCGGUUUCUUUGAAGGAAAUUGAAAAUGUACACACAUUUGAACGUACAUUAAAACAGCAUCUAUUGAAUGACCUGAAAGAUCGAUAAAGUCAUGCCUAGAUUCUCCAAGUACAAUGUGAAUGUUUUCUGUUUUCGUUUGCAUCAUAUAUUGUAAAUUUUAUACCAGAACCACCCCAAUGAAAACUAAUCCAUCUCCUUUGGAUUAAAUCCAGUCAUUUUUGUAUUUCUAUGUAUCUGUUUUUGGAUUCCAAACAAACACACAAACGACUGAUAAACCUGUCCGUUACAAGUGCCAA